AUGCACGAAAAGUCAAGUGUGACCUGCGAGUUCCUCGAUGCUCGACAUGCCAUCGGCAGAAUGAGCAAUAGCCUGCAAGACCAGAUCGUCGAGCUCCAAGGCAGGCUCGAUAGCCUUUCUCAAGACUCCUCCAAUCAACAUGCAACAACAUUGGAGCCGGGUCGGUUUGACAAUAUCCGCAAAGAAGCCGAAGAAAUCGGUGUUCUCGCUAUCGGAAUCCCUCAUAGUCACUCUGAGAGGAUAUACAUGGGCAGUGCCACUGGCUCAACAUUUGCCCGUAUUUUCUUCAAGCAGAUCGAUCUUGAACAGCCCUAUUCGAUAUCUCGCUCCACCCGGGGGGAUUUCGCUAUUCUAGAUCAAGAUUUUAUUCGAAGAAAUGCAGCCCUGCCGCCACAACCGGUCGCAGUGUUUCUCCUGCACACAUACAUCAGCCACAUUCACAUUUGGUGGCCAUUCGUUUCACUUCCCUUCCUGAGGAGUAGCUUUUCACACAUAUAUGAAGACCCAACACGAUGCACUGCAUACCAAAGGUUCUUGGUUCUCCUGGUUCUGGCUUUGGCCUCUGCCACCCGCUCCGACAAUCAAGAAUAUCGUAGGAUGAUGGACCUGAACAGCCCAGCCGACUACUUCCAAACAGGACUGCGCUUCUUCUUCAACUUCCACAACCAUCCGAGAGAUAUUCAGAGCCUCCACGCCGUACUGUUGCUGAGCUUAUGGGUGCUGGACUCGAAUGUCAGGAGCCAUGGCGACGACCUUUGGCACCUGAGCCGCUACGCCAUGUCAGCAGCAAUAGAAAUGGGGCUUCAUCGUCGUUCCGUUGUUGCUGGAGACUUUAGUUCCGAUGAUCGUGAGGUCCGUAAUCGCACUUGGUGGUGCGUAUACAGCCUCGAAAGACAGGUUGCCGUGAUCACCGGGCGAGUGCUAUCGGUUCGAGACCACGCGAUUGAUGCACCGAAACCGUCAAUUAGCAGUCUGGAUGAACUUACAGCCGCUGAAGCUCAGGUAACACCCAUAGUACAUCGACUCAAUGUCAAAAUCUUUAAUCAUCUGGUAAGACUACGCCAGAUAGGCGGCCGUAUACUCGAAUCUGUCUACAUCGCCAGGGCCCCCGACGGACGAGCAGCUAGGACCACGUUCCAGCAAAUAUGCAGCGAAAUCAAAGAGGUUCAAAAAGAGUUGGAAGACUGGAAGCGGGAGAUGACCCUCCUUGACUUCAAGGGCACGCGAGAGUACUCCGAGAUGAAAGUCGAUUAUGGUCUUCUUCUGCUACUCAUGUACCGACCAUCUCCCACUUUUAUGAUUCCCUCCAGGGAGAUGGUUGAAACAUGCUCUCGCGCUGUAUCCGGCACCGUCCGUCAAUGGGUAAAGUUGGAGUUCCACUAUGGCAUCACAGCCGUCUGUCGAUGCUUCCGCCAUGUGCAUUCGAUCUUGAUGGUAGGACUGGCAGGCUUAUAUUGCGAUUGGCAUGUAAAAGCGAUGAGUCGCAACCCCGACUCCACCCUUCUUCACUCUCAUGGAAGCGAUGUAGCCGCAUGCAUUGAACUCAUCGAGCGCGGUAUCGGCCGCAUGAAGGAAGAAAAACUGAUGAAAUAUCGCGAUCUUCUCCAAGCAGCGCGGAUCAAGGUGUAUGGGCCGACAACCUGGCCACUUCCAAGCGGACAGACUCAGAUGACAGAUGCCUCAUCUGCACCACAUGUCAGCUCAUCUGACACGCUGGGAGCUAUUCCUUCGGACAAUCUGCAAUAUCCCAUGUCGUUUCUGGGCGAAGGGCUGGAAACCUACAUGAGCCAAGUGACAGGAUAUUUCGACAACACUCAGCUUGGUCUGGAUGAAGGCCUGACUGCCUGGUUCGAUGCAUUCAUGAACGAAAUUCAGCACAGCCAGAACGGGGCUUAG